UCAUGGAUGUUUGAUGGUAGAUCUACAGGAGCUAGGCAUCCAUUGAGGCUUGGAAUUCUACAGGAGAUUCAGGCAAGAGCUUGGAGUUCAAUCUGUUGUUCUGAAGAAUGAAACAGUGAGUAUAAUCUUGAGUUUUGAAUCCAGAUCAACAUGGUAUCAGAGCGAUCCUUCUUUUCCUUUGAGUUUUGCUACUGGAUUCCUUAAGAUCUAGUGUUUUCAUAGCCUUCGAUAGUAGUUCUUGAAGUUUUCCUUGAAGUUUGGCUUUUGAUUCAUGGCCGGAUCUUCAUUUAGUGCUGGAAGAGCACCAAACAAUGUCUCAGAUGCACUAUCUCUGCAUCCUUCUGAUCAUCCUGGCUUGUUAUUGGUUUCAAAGGUCUUUAAUGGUAAUGGGUAUGGUUCUUGGAAGAGAGCCAUGGAGUUGGCUCUGACUGCCAAGAAGAAACUUGGUUUUGUUACAGGUUCUUGUAAGAAGCCUAGUUCUGAUUCAGAGGAUUUGGAGAAUUGGGAAGUGUGCAAUAGUAUGGUGAUAUCUUGGAUUCUUAAUGGAUUGUCACAAGACAUUUCUGAAAGUGUGGUGUAUAUGAAAGUAGCUAGUGAUGUAUGGCAAGAGUUGGAGGAAAGGUUUGGGCAAGCAAAUGGACCUCAAUUUUUUCAGAUCCAACAAGAGUUGAGCCAAAUCCGUCAAGGUUCAAGCUCUAUUACUGCUUACUAUACCAGAAUUAAAAAACUAUGGGAUGAGAUCCAGUCCCUCAGUAAUUUGCCUCCUUGUACUUGUGGUUUGAAUCAAGAGCAUCAGAAAUUAGAGGAGAAGCAAAGGCUAAUGCAGUUGUUGAUGGGUCUGAAUGAGAGUUAUCUUGCUAUAAGAGGUCAUAUUCUCUUAAUGAAGCCAUUGCCUACAGUCCGAGAAGUCUAUGCUUUGCUGAUUCAAGAGGAAAGACAAAGGGAGAUUAAUUCUAGUACACAGUUUACUGAAGCAGUUUCACUGAAUGCUAGCUCAUCCAAGAAUUCAAGUAAUUCAAGUAAUUUUUCAAACAGAAAUAGCAUUACAUUGACAAGGAAUAAACCAGAGUACAAGAGAUCAGUUUGUGAUUACUGCAAGAGAGUUGGCCAUACAAAGGACAAGUGUUUCAAACUUCAUGGUUUUCCAACAAAUUACAAAAACAAUAAGGAGAAGAGAAUUGCUGCUCCUGUGCAAGGAAAUAAUAUAGAUUUCCUCACUACUACUCAAAAUGCUCACAUUCCAGAAUUAACAACUGCUCAACUCAAUAAAUUGAUGGAUCUUCUAAAUGACACUUCCAAAUCUGGAAUUCAGCAAUCUGGUGAUGAGUUUACUAAUGUUUCAGCAAAUGCAAAUCUGGUUUCUUCCUCUACUACAAUGGCAGGCCCCUUCAAUGAAGAGGCCACUGGUUCUUGGUAAAGCUUGCAAAGGGCUAUAUCUUCUUCAUGUCCAAAACAAAGGAGCCAUUUCAGCAGAAAAUCCAUCUUCUACUAGUUCUCAGAACUGUUCUUUGUCUUCUUGUUCUUUAAUUCCAAACACUUUUAAUUCCUCUCACAAAUGUACUGAGUUUGAAUUGUGGCAUAAUAGGUUGGGUCAUCUACCAUUUCACAAAAUAAAACUCCUCUCUUUACUGAAUUCUGGGCAUGAUAUUAAUUCUGUGUCUGUUUGUAAUAUUUGUCCACAAGCUAAGCAACAUAAACUGCCUUUUUUUCCCAAUAAUAGCAUACACUCCACCUCAAUUUUUGAGUUAGUUCAUGUUGACACAUGGGGGCCUUAUAAAACAGAAACAUACGAUGGUUAUACAUAUUUUCUCACCAUAGUAGAAGACUUUAGUAGAUCGACAUGGACUUUUCUGCUAAAAAACAAAAGGGAAGCUUCAAAUCACUUAAAAAAUUUUGUUCAGUUGAUAGAAACACAAUUCAACAUUAGGAUAAAACAAAUAAGAACAGAUAAUGCUUUUGAAUUAGGAAAUUCUAUAGACUUGAAGAAUUUUUUUGCUGAAAAAGGUAUCAUACAUCAAACAACUUGUAGUUACACACCACAACAAAAUGGAGUAGUAGAAAGAAAACAUAAACAUCUAUUAGAGACCUCACGGGCUUUACUUUUUCAAUCUAAUGUCCCGAUUAAAU